UUAUACCUUAACAAUCGUUUCCAUAACAGACUGAUAGAGUUUCCAAGACAAUUUAACACAUGCAAUCGCUUGUCAGCUGUUAUUUCCAAGAAAUAAGGAAACGACAGAGGAAGUAUGAUUACGCUAUCAGGGUUGCAUAUAAAAGCAAGCUGGAUGCGUGGCAUCAUUUCGGGAAGCUGAUGAACGCGGUUGGCGGGAAGUGUUAAGGAACAGAAUUAUUUGAUCUUUGCUGGUAGAAAGAUUCCUUCAAUGGCGAUCAUCUCAACUUGUUGUAUCAUCUUUACUCUAUGUUUCGCAAAACUUCAUGCUUCGAGUCCUUGCGAAAGGCUUUACUUCGAUCAUGGAGACGAGAGGAGAAUGCCCUAUGUUCAGCUUGUAGGCAUCUAUCGCAAGUUUAAUGAAAGUAAUGGACACCCAAUGUUCAAGCACGAAGAAAGGAAUUUCGUUUUUGAAUACAUCAAUAAAAAUGGGGAAAAUUCAAUGGCAUUUAAAUACUUAAAUAUGUCAACCUCGAAGAGAAGUGAUGUGGGCUUAUACGUGAAUAUGAAAAGUGAUUUCGAUGGGAAAUCAUGGCAGAGCUUGAUAACUAAGGGUAACACGGUGCAACCCUACCAGAAGUUUAUCAGCUAUUGGAGAUAUUAUGACUGGCAAUCUGAAUCGUACCGUUAUCUGUAUCGCCAUGACGCGAUGAAGUUGGUUUGUGUUCCAAAUGAUGUGUUCCGAUGUUCAUCAGGUCGUGUGUAUUUCAAUAGAACAUUCACGAGUUUGGAUAAUGGCGGAGUUCUGCAUAACCAUCUAAGCGACUAUUUCGAGGAAUAUUAUAAUGACUACAAGAAUGACCGAAAAAUAUACAGACACAGUAGAAUAACAAAACUGAUUCUCUUUUAUCAAAGACCUUUUUGGAUGGUGAAGCAAGAAGGCUAUUCUCCAAUUUUGAGAGCUAAAGACAGCGCCUUUAGGCCUGAAUACAUCACAUCUGUUUGGGAAAUAUCAAGAGGCUCGUCAUGGGAGAGAUUUACCAACCCUACUGGCAUUCGGUGCAGAGGGCUUCCACUAAGAGUCAUUAAUGGCACUUCCCCCUCGUGCGCUGAAUGGAACCCCUGUUUGAAUGGAGGCACCUGCAGACAAAACAGUCUUACAAAUGAAACUGUUUGCAUUUGUGAUGAAGCCUACCGCGGGCUUACCUGCAGCAAAGUGUCCCCACGAUGUCACAAAUAUAUUUAUCCGUCUUCAGCUCAUAAAGUUAUUAAUUACAGUCUCGAAGAAUCGAGCUUUGCUUCAGUCUUUUGCAGAAAAUCCUACCAGCCGUCGUUCUUUAUAUCGCAGUGCCAACAAGGAGAUUAUUUGUUUGAGUGGACAAGCACACAACAGUGCAGAUAUGUACCACCCCAAACAUCAGCAGCAAAAGCAUCAGUUACAAUGCAAAAAUUACCAUUGAAGCAGAGGAACAGAAGAAGCGCUACGUCAUAUCGGACCAAGAUGCCCGAUUGGUUUAGGCCACUGGUUUUGACGAUUGUCCCCCUAUUGCAAAUUUUUAUACCGAUUAUUCAUAUGUUCAUUGGACUCAAGAAAGGCAAAAGCGCCCUUCGCAUUAUUUCGCUUCAUGCUUUUAUCACAUGCAUAUGCUGGAUACUCUAUCUUUCUGUAUGCGGGACUUCUAAGUGUGCUCAGUAUGGUGAAGGUUUAGGAGAUUUAGUGAUCAUGGGGUUUAUAAUGGUGUUAUUCGGUUAUAUCUUUAUGCUGAUUGAGUCGUGCUACAGUUCUGAAAAACAAUACAUUGCAAAUUUGUCUACAGAUAUCUCUGUUAUUGAAUACGUCAACAAAUUGAAAAAUACCGACCCUGUAAGGCAGAUGACGGUAGAAUGCUACCACAUGGAGACGAGAACCCGGACAGUUACCUACACUGACGCACAAGGAAACACCCAGACAAGGCUAGAAACCUAUCAAGAGAUGGUGAUUACAUACACAGAAAACAAGGUUUUCCCUAUCGCCCGAUCAGCUGAUGUUUCUGAUCCGGGGGGCAUACAGUUUGACUCGCAAAGCGUCACUCGUCUAAAGCUUGAACAAUCUGUUAACUGCGGCGACGCUCAAACUACGGAAAAAUUCAACAAAAUGCAAGAACAAAUGAUUGAAGAAAAUAAACAUAGAGAUGUAAGUAUUUGUUUUUCGUACGUUGAUAUCAUUGAAGGGUUCCAGAAACGGUUUUGUGCCUAUACUGAUGCUAGAUACCGAUCUUUCUGGAUGAAUCUCUUCACCUAUUGGGUUGCCACCGUUUUUGGCUUAACUUGGGUGUACAGAGCUUUUUUCAGCUGGAAAACAAAAAAAGUUGAAUACACAAUAAAGAAAGACAUAUUCUUUGGGACAGAAAGCUCAGUCAGCGGGCCGCAGAUUGUGCACCGCCAAGAUGACUCUCAUAACGCAAGUCACAAUGCACUACCCCCACCAGCACAGCAACAAAGCAUCGAAAAGCAGAUUUCCACAGGGGUGUCUGGGGUACAAUAUCAACAAGCUCCGUACCCAGCCCAAUACCCAGGCCAAUACCCAGGCCAAUACCCACCCCAAUACCCAGCCCAAUACCCAGCCCAAUACCCAGCCCAGUAUCGGCCCCCAUACCAAGCCCCAUAUCAAAUCUCGCACCCUGCCCCAUACCAAGCCCCAGCCUCAGCCCCGGUCCCUGCCCCAGCCCGAGCCCCAGCUCAAGCCCAUGUUCAAGCCCCGGCCUACAUUAGAAUUUUUGGCAUGGGAAACAGAUCAUUUCAAGGUAGCACGUAUUAGUGUUUUCGUUAUCCAUCAGACAGGUCAGCUUAAUUUUUUGACUGUUCGAUCUAGAUCGAAAUUAUUUCAUAAUUUUUUAAACAUUUCAUUGACUCUUUAGUUAUCAGACAUUGGCAACGUUUAUUCUACAAUUUCUAAAUCACAAGUAGUGGGUUUUACUUGAUUAAUCAACUCUGAGUGAUCAAUUAAUUCUAAAUUUAGCAUGUUAUUUAAAAAUUAGAGAUCUCUACCUUCAAAUUUUGAAAAAUCAAUAACCAUUUGAUAAUUAGCUAUUUCUUAUUUCUGUGAGGAUAAUAUGUCACGCGUAAUCUGUCAAGAUGAAGUUUUACCUCGAUUUCACUUGAUGCAACGCGUUUUAAUUACUAUGUUAUAAACUAAUCUAGCUAUCUUUGUUUAUUAAAAUGCAUUUAGCCGUUUAGUGAUAAGGCUAAACUUUAUCCAGAGUGAUGAUCUAUUGAUGGUCAUUCCAUAUAAAAUCAAAAGUGAUGUUACAGAUUCACAUACCUGAGAAAAUUGUGACCAUGUUGUCAGAGAAUUAGGACCUUUUUUGUCUAUCUCUAUAGUUUGGUCAAUCGCGAAAAUUCCCCAAUUUUGAGUAAAUUAUUUCAAAUCUUUUUCGAAAUAUACCCUUCCAAAGUUUUGCUGUUUUGUUCAAAAAUUAAGAAAAAGGGCGUGGCACUUAAUCGUGGCGAUUUGGCUUAAAUACUAAUAACUGCCGUGUUUCGCCUAUUGAAACAAUAAAAUAACGCGUUAUAGCUAUUUUGUGGGUGCUGAUUUCAAAUUUUCAAUUUAAAACUCCAUAUGACAUAUGGAUUUUGCAUUAAUAUUACCAAGCUCUAUAUGAAGUCCUAUACCCUGCCCCAUAUCAAGCUGCUUUAAAGGUUUCUUCUUUUUCCUCACCAAAUUUAGGGUGUGGCCAAGUAGCUUCAAGUUCGAGUGAUACCUCAUUUAAAAGUUCUAUAGCCAUCCUAUUGAUAUGAGUUGGUUUCAACUUUAGGGUAAAAUAACUUUCAAAUUUACGUAACUUUUAAUUUGCCAAAAAAAUUGCUAUAAAAUGUUCUUUGGAAAUAAUAGCAUAAAACAUGAUUGGACAGCACUGUAGCACAAGAAAACCAUUUCAAACAAGUCUUAUUACAUCAAAGCUAAAAUGCUAAUUAUUUAUAAAAAUUUUAUGUUUGUGUGCUCUUAUGCCCUGCAAAUACAAAUCUUAACAUAAUCCUCAUCCUUUGAAUUAUAAAUUAUUCCGGAACCAGAGGUAAAUUGAAGAUUUUGAAAAAUACAUGAUAUUCCAUUGGAUAGAACGAAGCAAGUGCCUUGAAGUUUUGGCCAAUGACAAGAUUUUCUUGGACCACGUGGGUGCAAAAAGUUUAUCUCAACAUCAUCAAACUCAAAAUCAAUUUUUGUGGCCAAAAUUAUCCACCAAAAGUUGUUAUACAAAAAAUUGUCUUGAAUGGUUUACAAAACUAAAUCAAAUUUAGUGAAAACCUAUGUUAGUCAUUUAAACUACUUUGUAUCUUAUCUCACAAUUUACAUUAACUAUCGUUUCUAAAAAGCUUACAUUGACGUAGCGUGUGUAUAACUUGAUAUGAUAAACAAUUUCGAGUUUGAGUUUGCUAAAAGUUGGACUUAUUAGCACGUUUAAAGAAGGUACGUUAAAUUCUUGUAUUAAAAUUUAGCUGAGCUACCAGAAUUUGCCUUCGACACGUGUUCUCAUUUGUUUACUGUUGUUGUUAAAUAUGUUUUUAUGAUUAGUAGAAAUUUUAAAAGUUUUUGAAAGCUGGCGAGCUUUGGUGAGCUAAAGGUUUUAUGUUUACUUUUUUGCCAGUUUAAUUAAGUCAGCAUUAUGCCUACCUAAUGAGGGCGAUAGGCUUGUGCGAAAUAGUGGCAAACUUUCUCGAAUUUUCGAAGAUGCUAGUCGUUUUUAUGUACAAAUCACAUGAAAUAAGUAUAUUUUAUAUCAACUUUUGGCUAGAAAUUCUUGAAAAUCUUGAUAGCCCCAUAAAGAACAACGUUUAAAAGGCAAAUAAAAUGUUUUUUCUGGAAAUAGGAUUGAAAGAACUGUAACAGUGGACUGUAAAUUUUCAAAUAUUGUUAAGGAAGCAAAAUGCAGCCAAAAAAGAGCUGUGAGUUAUCAAAAUUUUUUUGUGAGUGUGGUCAGUUAAAAAGCGAAUACAAUGAACAACUUUUUUAAAGGAAUGUUUGUGUAUAAACAAAAUGAAAGAUUAUCUAAAUAAUAAACUAUUUUUACAAAAAAAGUUUGCAACAGAGGAAGAAUUAAGUCUUGCAAUGCUGAGAAUCAAUACCAGAUUUUAAUAUAGUUGACAAUGUUCAGCUUCAUAUGAAAAACAAGAAGCCCUAUUAGGAGGCUGACAUUAUUUCAUAUUUCUUGAAGAUAUCUCGCCAUAAUUUCUUUUUUAAAAUUACCAAAGCAAAGUUUUCCCAAAUUGUCAAAUGUUCCAUUCCUGCUC